GGCGCGAGCUCGGUAAGAGGCCGAAGAGGAGAAAGAGAAGGAAGAGGAAGGGCGAGGAGCGGGGAGCGCCAGGCCCCGGAGUGCUGCAGGUCAUCUCCAACCUUCCAAAUACCUGCCAUUACCUGAUGCUGCUGAUCCAGUCGGCAUGGCCUUAAACUCAAGACUAAGAAAGUGCUGUGCAUCCUCCUCAACCUGGGGCUCCUGCUCGUGGCGCUCGUGGUGGCCGCCAUCCUGCUCUGGAAGUUCGGUAAGUUCAGAGCAGCCGCCCGAAGCACAAGGGCGAAGUCGCAGCGUGCUGGGCAUGCCGUGGUCCUGCUCCCUGGGCUGGGGGACCACCCACCGUCCUUCCUGAAGUCUCUCUUUCUGAACGAGCUGGCUUCUCCUGCCUUCCGUUGGGUCGUGGUGAAGCGUGGAUAACCAUUCUUGGAAGCAGUGGGUUAAAUCUCGCCUGCGCGCUUCCUCAAUCUGUGGGUUGUCAGAAUCCGUGCCAUUUGGGUAGUACCCACACACGGCGGGAGAAGCAUUUGCAGUUUACCAAGUGCUUUGGGGCACUAGGUGCCACCUGGCACUCGUGAGCAUGAGUUCCCCAACUUGGGGCCACACCUGGUCCCCUGUAUCUGGGUUACCGCAGUGGCUGCUGCGGGCCAGGGUGUGCGUGCCGUCCCGUGCCACCUCCUGUGAUCACAGCCCAGGCUUUUCCAUCAGCCGGAGGCAGUGCUGGCUCACGAUGUUUAUGGAUCACAGAAGUCGCUUGUGUGGUGAGGAGGAAAUAGGAGUGCUGCCCCACGCCACGCUGGGAGUCCUUCCCACUGGCCCCCCGAAGUAAUGUACCCCGGGGGUUCUCUGUCGCUGACUGCCAGCCCUGUUUCCUUUGAUAUAUGUUGGUGGCAAGGACGCAUCCCCUCCUUGUUAAAAUGAAGGGGGAAAAGGGUUCUUUCUUCUUGUUCCAUGGCGCUCGGAGGGUGGACCAUGACCUCCUGCUGGGCACCGGGAGGUUUUCUUGGUCUCUCAGCCUGACUGGUAUCUCCCUCCUGUCUCUGCAAGUGGAGAACAAGUGCUUGGGGUCCCGGAUAGAGUGUGGCAACUCAGGAAUCUGCAUCAGCGCCUCCCAGUGGUGUGACGGGAUCCUGCACUGCCCCAACGGGGAGGACGAGAACCGGUGUGUUCGCCUGUAUGGACCGAACUUCAUCCUCCAGGUGUACUCGUCUCAGAGGAAGUCCUGGCACCCCGUGUGUGAAGACGACUGGAGCGAGAGCUACGGGAGGGCCGCAUGCCGUGACAUGGGCUAUGGGAAUAGUUUUUAUUCCAGCCAAGGAAUAAAGGAUGACAGCGGGGCCACAAGCUUUAUGAAGCUGAACACAAGUGCUGACAAUAUCGAUCUCUAUAAAAAACUGUACCAUAGUGAUGUCUGUUCUUCAAAAAAAGUGGUUUCUUUACGCUGUAUAGAGUGUGGGGUCUCCUCGAAACAACAGAGCCGGAUUGUGGGCGGGGCGAACGCGGCCCUGGGGGAGUGGCCCUGGCAGGUCAGUCUGCACGUCCAGGAUGUCCACGUCUGCGGAGGCUCCAUCAUCACCCCCGAGUGGAUCGUGACCGCCGCCCACUGCGUGGAGCCGCCGCUUAACAGCCCCCAGUACUGGACAGCCUUCGCAGGCAUUUUGAGCCAAUCUUUAAUGUUCUACGGAAAUGGACACCGAGUGGGAAAAGUGAUUGCUCAUCCGAAUUACGAUUCCAAGACCAAGAACAAUGACAUCGCUCUGAUGAAGCUUGAGGCCCCUCUGACUUUUAACGACAGAGUGAAACCAGUGUGUCUGCCGAACCCAGGCAUGAGGCUGGAGCCAAAACAGUCCUGCUGGAUCUCCGGGUGGGGCGCCACCUACGAGAAAGGGAAAACCUCAGACCUGCUGAACGCCGCCAUGGUCCCCCUGAUCGAGCCCGAGCAAUGCAACAACAAGUUCAUCUACAACAAUCUCAUCACGCCCGCCAUGAUCUGUGCCGGGUAUCUGGAGGGGAACGUCGAUUCCUGCCAGGGUGACAGUGGAGGUCCUCUGGUCACUCUGAAGAGUAGCAUCUGGUGGCUGAUUGGGGACACGAGCUGGGGAUCCGGAUGUGCCCAGAUUAACAGACCGGGAGUGUACGGGAAUGUGACAGUAUUCACAGACUGGAUCUACCAAGAGAUGAGGGUAACUCUCCCGUCCUCCUUCUGACUGAGUUCUUCAACUUGCGGCGUCAAAGCCCAGAUAUCUGCGGGGUGUGGUCCUGAGCUGACUGCUGACCCCCCCUCGGCGGGAUGCAAACUCUGCCUCCCGUGGCCGUGGGUUUGCGUCAGCAUCCUCUUCCCCGUCCCUCCAAGGCCCACCCAUCACUGCUGACCAGCAUCACUUGCCCGCUGCCCCGUGGUGCUUGGAUGAAAAGAUCUGGGGUCCAGGGCUAACUGUGUGGGCUUCCUUGUGCCCUGCUGACCACACUUAAUUCUGGCUCAGCUGGCUCUGUUCACCCACCAAGACCUCAUCGAUGAGUGUGGGCUGAGAGCAGAGCGACGCAGGUCAGCCAGUUGAGUCGUGACGGUGCCCCCUCCUUUUCUGGGCCAUUGAGUGUGCCCUGGGGCGGAGGAGCAGCCGUGCUUCUCUGGUCCAAGGAAAGCCUGGGACGAUGGGAACGGUCCAAGGGUGCCCUGCGGCCCUGCCCUCCCGGACUCCCAACCUGACCGGUACUGCUUAGCAGAGCCCUUUCCUUGGGUGCUGCCCGGACCGUGGUGAGGACCAGCUCUCUGCCCCUCAGGGGCAUCAGGGCUGGCAGCUUUCACAGAUUUCUGCCCCUUCUGGGACUGGGCUCCUGAUGAAAGACAAAGUUCUCUUCUGUCUUCUUUCAAGUCUGCAGAGGCACCCAGUCUGUAGAGGGAGGGUCAGAACCACAGGGCAUCGCCCAACGAGGCUGGCCCGUGUCACCCCCAGAUGGAACCACGGCAACUAUUACCUUCAAGUGACCACAGGGGCAGGCCAGUCUGCACCUGGCCAAGGGCCGGGCACUGGAAAUAGACGACCCCAGCUGCGCUGUGGGGGCCUGCAUGGUGGAGGAAAGCCUGUGGGGUUGGGCGUGCCCGGGAGGGGAAGAUGCUCCAGACACCUCGAGGGAGGCGAGAUAGGCCAAGGGGUGGACUGUCUCUCCAGGACAUGAGAGAGCAGACGGGCACAGUGUGAUGAGCCAGUGGCCCAGCAUGGCCGGAGCGUGGAGCGAAAGGACCGGGUGCAGGAGAGAUGGUGGAGUAGAAAGCAAGGACCAAUUAAACACAAUGUGUUUCAGUGGCUAACACAAGCUUGAUUUUCCCGCACAAAGCUGCGCUAAAUGGCUGGAUCCCACACGCCCCGUUCUCCCUGUUCUCUCUAGGCCUUCGCCCACGCUAUUCUGUCGCCCUGAGCCCCUUCCCCUCCAUUGUCAGCCCCACUCCAGGCCCUUCAUGCCGUAGGAAAACACAUUCCUCUGUCCUGCUGGGCUUGCUGAUUUGGGUGUAAGGGCCUCAUGCCAAUCUAGGAGAGAAAAAUAAUUGUCUGCCUUUGUCUUGAGAAAAUAAUGUCAUUUUUUUUUCCUUUUU